AUGGUUGCAAAACUUCUUGGGUUUGCUGCAGGUGUGCUGGCAUUGAGCUCCGGCCUCGUUAAUGCGCACGGCUCGCAUGCCAGCAACCCAGAUCCGGCCGACGACUGGGCCACGAGACACAUGAUAGAGGAACACCACAUCGGAUCCUUUGACCCGCUUUCGUUCUUCACGCUGCACGACUACGACUCAUCAGGGGCCUGGACCACGGACGAAGUGCGCAAGACAUACGGCAUGGACGACGAGUCCAAUGACCACAUCAGCGAGGCCCGAAAGCAAGAGGCCUUGAACAAGGUGUUCGAGCUCUUCGAUCCCGACACCACGGGCGUCAUUUGGCGCGAGGACUUCGAAGAUGUCAUUGCCGAGGGCGUACGGUUACCUGACCUCGGGUUCGGGGCCGGCCACCAUGGCGACGACGAGUAUGAGUACGAGAUUCACCAUUUUGAGAAGUACCACGGCGACGAUGCGACUGAGGAGGAAUUGACGCACCCGGAGGACAUUGCGCACUUCCGCAAACACGAUGAGGAGGAAGCUCUCCUGAGGCGAAUUGAGCAGCUGGAGCAGAUCCAAAUUGUGGACGAGAACAUUCCUUUGAAGUUUCGCCGCAAUUUCUAA